GCACUUGAAUAUAGCUGAAUAGGGCAAGAACAGCAGUGGUGAUGAAAAUGCUUUCGUUCCCAUUUACUUUCACUUGUGAUAGGUUUCAUGUAAAUUUACAUAUGAAAAGCUUGUUUGUUUCUUUAAAUGAAAUGGGACAUUAAAUAUGUGAUUUCUGUCUUCUUUUAUUUUAUAGGCUUUAUCUUACAUUAUUUUGUAUAUUUUUUAUGUUUUUGUCUGGAAAUAAGAAUCGCCGUCGUUAUGGCGACACUUCCGUCAACAGACUCCGGUUGAUAAGUGGGAUUCUCGGCAGGUACAGAGGACUUUGGCACAUUCAAGUCAAGUCGAGCAGUCAUCCUGGUACUACGAUGACCGAACGGCCAGCCACUGUGGAAAAUAAUGUUGGAAAAUGUAUGUUGCGCAACUGGGAAGAAGAGAGGGCCGUUGCAGCUGUUGACACUGAGGAGUCGAAGACACAAAUCCAGAGACAUGGACACAGAGGGAUUCUCACUAUGGACCAGGAGUCUAAAAUGGAGACUGUCACUACGCUUAAAGCGGCUUACAUCCCUCCGAAAGGUCCAGGUGUGAGGCUGCGGGGCAUCAGAAGCGAGCUUUUGGAAAAACAUAUCGCCCAGAUGAUAAGUGAGAAGAUUGACGCUGAACGGAGCCCACCGACUCCCAAAACUGACUUCUGCUCCACAACCCAGCGGGAUUACUGCGUCGAGGGAUUUGUGCCUCUUACCCCUGAAAUAACACAACCUCCCAUGACCCUGUCGCCUGUUUACUGCUUUUCCCUCCUUGGACCACUUUUGAUAGGUACUGACCACUGCAGACUGGGAACAUGCCACAAGAGCUGCAGGCUCAUGAUUAUAAAACUGACCAGGCCAUCACAUUUUGGAGUGAAAAUUACCAGCGGAUACAGGGUGUGACCGCCGUACAGACCCCGACCGCACCUUUCAGGAAAUCGGCCCUGUUCAGCACUCCCAUCAGUGAGCGGCUGGAUGAACUCCAGCUCCCAUCUGAUAACUGAGGCAGCAUAUCAGAUCAUCACAUUACAUCACUUCAUUACCAGUUAAUAUUAAAGUCCUAAUCCACUUUAAAGGUCUCUGUCAUUCUCAACGGCAGUGAUACCUCCGGUGUAUAAAGAUAUAAAGAUGUUUAUUAAAAAUGAGAUGACAGUUUCAGUAUCACUGUCUGAUGAAAUACUGACAUUUGGACUUUAAAACCUUCCAAACAAACCAUCUCUGGACUUAAUAAAACACACCACUAGGUUUCUGUUGUACAGAUUUGCAGAGAAACAUUUGCCUCCAUGUUUGGAUCCUAAAAAUAAUAAUUUACUGUAUCUCUCAGCACUGUGUCUAACUCUGGUCGGUACUGACCCAAAGCAUAUACAGUGACACAGUGCAGACCACAGCCAGUAAACAAGUGAAAGAAUGAA